AACAACGCGAUACUCGCCGCAACCGUUUUCAUGUUGAUCACUUGUCCUCAUAGUGUAUUUCUUCAGAAACUUAUUUUUAUAUUUAGCGAUUAUGAAAGUUUCAUAUAUUCUAUUUAUUCUUGUCAUUCUGCAAAUUGGAGUGAUUACUGUAUCUACAGAAUAUAUAAGAACAAACGCAAAUGCGUUCACAAAAGUGUGUAACAAGAUUGUCAGUUAUCAAGCGACUCGGAAUACUCCUUACCUCGAAACAUAUAAGGAAAGAACAUGGGGUCUCUUUUAUAAAACUAAAGUUCGGUGGAAUUAUAAAAUUGAAUAUUUCACGUCAUGGCGCAGGGAAUAUACGUGCUGUGACGGAUACUUGGAGAGAAGCUCGAACGCGUCUUUGGAUUGCGAACCGAUCUGUAAACCCCCUUGCGGAAAUGGUACAUGCAUCAAACCGAACGUGUGUAUAUGCAAUUCCGGGUACGCUGAAGAGACAGAUAUAGUUUUCGAUUCCAUCUGCAUCCCCGUGUGCACUCGCACUUGCGUGCAUGGCAGGUGCACUGCCCCCGAGAAUUGCACUUGCGACAAUGGAUACUCCCUGAGCAAUGAUGGUUACACCUGCGAGCCUGUCUGCAACGAGCCGUGCGGUAAAGGAGCAUAUUGUUCCAAACCCGGAGUUUGCACUUGUUUGCCAGGAUAUUCCAAUAGAUCUACAUCGCAUUGUUCUCCGAUCUGCAACUAUGGAUGCAUCCACGGUAAAUGUACCGCCCCUGGUGUCUGCACCUGUGACGAUGGUUUUGAGCCCGUUACUUUAGUUCUCUGCAAACCCAAGUGUGAGCAUGGUUGCAUCAAUGGCAUGUGCAAAGCGCCCAAUGUAUGCAUCUGCGAAGAAGGAUAUUCCUUGAAAUAUCCAGGCAUUUGUGAGCCAGUUUGCAGCCAACCUUGCGUCAUGGGCACCUGCGAGGCACCUGAAAUCUGCAGUUGUUUCGAGGGCUAUGAAAUGCUCGAAAACUCGAAGUACAUCUGCGAACCGUUCUGCGAGAAAGCUUGUCUAAAUGGCAAAUGCACCUCUCCUAGUGUAUGCACUUGUAACAAGGGAUUCCAAAAGAGCAGGACGAAGCACAUUUGCGAACCAUAUUGCGAAACUUCCUGCGAACCUUUCGGAGUGUGUACCGCGCCCAACGUAUGCACCUGUUUCGAUGGAUAUCAGCUGGUUGAUGCGAAUCAAACAACGGAGAUAAGAGUGCAGUACGCAGCUGCCACCUCGGUGUGCGAACCAAUUUGUCAUACGCCAUGUGUCAACGGAUUCUGCAGUGGUCCUGACGCAUGCUUGUGUAAUGACGGUUACUAUCGAUCCGACAGCAACGUUUGCACGCCUCGCUGUCUUGAUGAGUGCAGCGUAAAUAGUUUUUGUAGCGCGCCCAAUACCUGUACAUGCAAUACGGGUUACCGUCUUCCCAAGACCACGUCAGACAUUUGCGAACCCUUCUGCGAGGAGAAUUGCGUCAACGGGUAUUGCAGCGCACCGAACGAGUGCAACUGCAACGCAGGCUAUAGUCUAUCGGCGAGUUCCAUGAACGUGUGCGGUCCUGUUUGUCAUCCAGCCUGCAAGGUGCAUGGGAUCUGCCUGGCGCCCGAUUUGUGCACUUGCCAGAACGGUUAUCGCAUGGUUCAUUACAACGACGUUAACGUGCCGUUCGGUUGCGAGCCGAUCUGCAACGUCGAGUGCGGCAACGGCACGUGCACGGCGCCGGAGGCUUGCACAUGCUUCGACGGCUACCAAAAUGCGGAAACCGGCAAGUGCGUGCCCGUCUGCCGGAUGUGCGGCAACGGCACAUGCGUUGCACCUGGGGUUUGCGUGUGCGAUAGCGGUUUCUUUCUGAUGGACCCCGUGAACACGGAGGUCCCCGAUUCCCAUAUCGCUCUCGACGAGGACAGAUCAGGAAACGGAAGUAGGUGCAUGCCGCGAUGCGAGAGUUGUGAUAACGGCGAGUGCGUCGCGCCGGACGAGUGCCGGUGCGACGCCGGUUACGUGAAGAUCGAGGGUACUUGCGUGCACGCGUGUCACAACGGUUGUGGUACUCACGGCGAGUGCGUUCAAGAGCGCAGAAGCUGCGAGUGCCAUUACGGAUGGACCGGAUCGCAUUGCGAUCAGCCAACCUUAUGUAUUUUAAGCGUGAAUGGCGAGGGAAAUCAUACCGAAUCAUUAAACAUCAUAGAGGAACAAAAUGCUACGAUCGAGUAUGUACUUUUAAAUAAUCCAGCAUGCCCCGAGUGCAUUGAUGAAAUGAGCAAUGAGACAUUAUGUUUUAAUAUCAGUGACACGAAGUAUAAUGAAUCACGAAUUGGUUGUUUAAUGGGUAGAGUUACGAUCCGUAACGUGCCGCAAUACAUUCCUUAUACGGAAACGUAUAGAAGUAGGGCAAUGGGAUUCUAUCGGCCUCAAAUUCGCACCAAUUACAAAAUAGAGUACCACGUUCUGUGGAGCGUAGAACCCAAAUGCUGCGAUGGCUUCGUGCAAGUCGGCAGAAUGUGCACGCCGCACUGUUUGCACCCUUGCGAGCGGGGAAUUUGCAUACAACCGAACGUGUGCAAGUGCAACACGGGGUACCGGAUGUCGUACAAUGUGACGAGUGGCACAGUGAUAGAAAUGUGCGUGCCGGUGUGCACAAACGGCUGCGUCAAUGGCACUUGCGUGGAUGCCGAGGUUUGCAGCUGCAACGACGGUUACUGGAUGGACGCGGACGGGUUCACGUGUCGUCCCGUGUGCGACAUAGAGUGCGAGCGAAAUCACGGCUACUGCGCUGAGCCGGACGUUUGCUCCUGCCGUCCUGGCUACGUAAGGGCCGAGAGGGACGAAUCCACCACGUACUCUCCUCAUGGGAUUCCCAGAUGCGAGCCUGUCUGCGAUCGCGCGUGUACGAACGGUCGUUGCACGGCGCCCAACAUUUGCAGCUGCGCGGUCGGGUAUGAAGCGGACGAGGCUGACCCGCGGUUCACCUGUAGCCCCAGGUGCGACGAAGGUUGCGCUUUCGGCAAGUGCACGGCGCCCGGAAUCUGCAACUGCGACGAUGGUUACAGGCCAGUAAACGCGAGCGUGUGCGAGCCGAUUUGCAGGGUGCCGUGCGUGAUGGGUACCUGCGUGGCGCCUGAAACCUGCAACUGUGAGCUCGGUUACGGUUUGCUCGGCGAUUCCAAGUAUGUCUGCAAGCCGAUCUGCGAAACGAGUUGUGGCAAUGGCACGUGCACCGCACCCGGCGUUUGCAGCUGCAACAACGGUUACAGUGCAGUGAAUGCGAGCACGUGCGAGCCGAUCUGUAGUGAACCAUGCGUGAUGGGCGUCUGCGUGGCGCCCGAGAGCUGCAACUGCAACGUUGGCUACGCUCAUCUUGGCGAUUCCAAGUACAUCUGUGAGCCGAUAUGCAAGACGGGCUGCGCUAACGGCACUUGCACGGCGCCAAAUCGUUGCACAUGCGACGACGGUUUCGCACUGCGAAACGCCAGCUUUUGCGAGCCGGUCUGCGAAAGGAACUGCCAAAACGGUGACUGCGUUGGUCCGAAUCAAUGCGUUUGUCACGACAAUUUUGUGCCGAGUACCAGGCACAACUUCUCGACGGAAUGCGUGCCCGCGUGCACUCGUAACUGCAGCGGACAUGGAGUGUGCAUGGUCAAUGAUGAGAACGACGGCUGCCAGUGCUACUUUGGCUGGACCGGAUGGGACUGCGAUCGACCAACUGUGUGCGUCGUCACGGUAGAUUUAAUUCGCACAGAUAUCAGCAAACUCACGAUCUAUAACGUAACGAACAGCACAAUAAUGCGAGCUCACGAGAAUGCGCCGCACUGUUAUCAGUGCGACGAUGACUUCCUUGACACCGAAUCACUUUGCUAUGUGGUGCAGUCUGAUGAGGCCAACACGACCGUCAGCUGUUUACUCAGUACAGAUUUACCUUGUUACAUGGCGCCUCGUUAUGAUUCCUCGAUCGAUUUUGCCAAAAUCGCAUGGCCCCUCGUAGCUGUCGCCAUACUAAUUCUGACAAGUAUAAUUGCGGCAUCGUAUUUGAUAUAUCGCAGACAUCAAAGGAAGAAAUUGAUCACAGCGAGAUCAUCAACCCGCUACGCGCGAGAGGCUUUCGCCACGGAGUCUUUACUGUCUGAAAAUGUGAUUUAUCUUUGAAAGGUUCAUCAACUAGAAGAUCAUCGUAAGAGAGCAACUUCGAUUAAUUAGAUUAUUGAUAUAACAUCUCUUUUAAGAUAAGGAUUAGUAAUAUCUGACACUAAUAGCGCAGUUGAUUAAGUUGAAAAUGUACAAUUUGUUAUUUUUCUAAACGUGUACUAAAAAGUAUUAAUAAUAAUGAUAUAAACG